UACCACCAUUAACUAGUAUGUACACAGAGGAGGUACCGGCUAGGUGCGAGCAUUACAGCCUGAAUCUGCUCCCUUAUAAGAAAGUACACAUAGUCUACGUACAGCUGCACUGCACUGCACUGCACUCUGCCUCAGUCUGGUAUAUAUACAUGCUUGGUGAUGGCCGAACAUAAUAUACAACAAAAAGUUCUGGAAGAGGCAGAAAGAGUAAAAAAAGACAAGAAGAAAGAAGCUGAAGAGAAUAAAUCAGCAAGGCUUGAUCAAAUUAUAUUUGCAUUGAAUGAGAGUAUAUCAAAGCAGAAGGCUCUAUUAGAUAUUUUCAACGAGGAAAAACGAGAGGAGGACCAGAAGAGGAAGGCUCAGCAAGAAGAAGCCAGAACGAAGGAGAGGGCACAUCCCAUCAUCGAUAAAGUAGGAAGCUCUAACCCCUACAACUUGGGAGUGGGUUCAACUGUUCAAGUGGCCUCUGUGAAUCCCAAUGACCCCCCACACCCUGGAGUGAUCAGGUGGACUGGCAGAGUAGCUGGAGUGGAUGGUCAGGUGGCAGGGAUGGAACUAGAGGAUUACAUGGAUGGAUGCACUGACGGAACAUUCAAAGCCACAGGAAAGAAGCACUUUACCUGUGCUCAUGGUAAAGGGUUGUAUUUCCCACUGGCUAGCCUCCGUCCUGAUGGGAGAUUUGAAGAUGCAUUUACACCACAGGAUAAUCCUAUUCAAGCUCCAAUGGAAGAACAAGCAGACCAGACUAUCUAUGAUACUUAUCAGCAGAUGAGAAGGUACAUUGGAAACAGCCGUGGUAUCCAGGGUCACCAGAACUCCUGCUACAUGGACUCCACCAUCUUUGGUCUGUUUGCCCUCAGUGACAUUUUUGGCUCCAUGUUCCUGUACCCAGACCAAUCCAUCACCAGCGAUCAGAACAGGAAACGUGUUGCUGACUUACUGUGGAAGGGAAUCGUCAAUCCUCUCAGAAAGAAUGGUGUGGUGAGGUUUGAGUCAGUGAUGAAGAUGAGAAAUGCUCUGGAUGAACUCGGGAAAACGGAGGGAAUCACUGAGAAGGAGAGAGAUCCUGAGGAGUUUCUGAACAUGUUCUUCAAACACAUGCUACCCAGGCCAUUCAUCUCCAUCAGGCGUCCGUUUGGUGUGGAGCAAGAGUUCUUUGUCCAACUGUUUGUGGAGCACGACCCAAACCUCAGACUACCCACUGUAGGUGACCUACUCAGGAACAUGUACACAGAGCAGCACAUCUCAUUCACAAAGGUUCCCUCAAAGCUUCUGCUUCAAGUUCCUCGAUUUGGAAGAGAGUUCCAAACAUACAAGAAGAUUGUUCCAGAGCUGAAACUGAACAUCAAAGAGUUGACUGACACCUACAAAAAAGCUCCAGCUCCACCCUGCCAUUCGUGUGGGGAGGAGUCAGCUAUCCAGUGUGAGAGUUGUGGUCCUCUCAGUCAGCAGCAGUUCACCCACUACUGUCAGCGCUGCUCUGACCUCUACCAUAGCAACCCUCACAAGGACAGAGCUAAUCAUAGGCUAACUGCUGUUGAUUACUCCGUGGGUGGUGAUAAUGAGCUGUACAUUGGACCUCCUCUCUGUGAUCUGCAUUGAUACCAGUCACUACGUCUGCUUCACUAGAGACCCAAGGGAUGAGAUUCAGAAGAAAUGGAUCUUCUUUGACAGCAUGGCAGACAAGCAAUAUGACACAUACAACAUUCCGCGGGUGACAGACUGCACAGCUGCCCUGAAUGAGUGGGUGUACAGUGGAGACCUGACACAGCUACUGAGUGUACAGCCAAGAGAGCUACCAGAGUUGGUCCGACGGUUCACUCAAGACAUCUACAUGUGUGUCUAUGUUCAGCCUGAUAUCGCCAACUAUGGAGAUGCUGAUGAAGAGGAGGAUCUAGCACCAAUAUAAACCAAGUGCUGUCUCGAUCAGGACCGGAGAGACUUGAAAUUGAACUACGGUACAAUUUUCACAUACAGUGGUUCAUUUUAUACACGUCUAACUUGUUUUGUCUAUUAGUAUUUUUGAGAGAAAUUACAAUGUCACGUACGUAUAUAUAUGAAGCGUUCCCAGA